UUUUUAAGCUGCAGUGGGACUCUUUCUUGUCAUUGCAGAAUAAAAUACAGCUAUUAUAAAGUUUUGUGCGAUGUAUUUUCUUUUUUGUAAUGUGCAGCUAUUUGCGUGUGAAACCUGCAAAACUUGCCUUGUUAUGUAUGCCUUUUAUUUUAUAUAUUUAGGCAGUUCUGUAUGUGCGUCAGGAAUAUUCUUCCUUAAAGAUUGAUUAUGCUUUUGAGGAACCAUCUGGAAGUACAGAGUUUCCCAACCAGUGGUGUUUUCACAAAAAGAAAAUAAAACACCAAAAUCCUAACAAAGACUCAAAAAAGUGUUAUUCUUUUAUUAGGAAAUUUUUUAUAACAGGUUCGAAGCUUUUUGAAACAGAAUUGCAUUGUUUCCCUAAUUUACAAACAGGAGGUACAGCUUACUAACAGGUUUUGCUUCACUGACCAGCUUAGAAAUGGUCUAUCCUGUUUGCAAACUGGCCAGCCAAAGUGUUCAAACUCAAGAUGCUGUUUACAACAAGGAAGGAACAGCUACACAGCUUAGAAGAGCUGAUUUAUAUUCCAUUCUAAACAAUUGUUGUACUAAAUGGAUGUCUAUCGUUUGGAGAACUGGCACAUAUAUAACUAUCAAUCCUGAAGAUUGGACUUAGGCAAUGGCUAUAGCUAUUUGUGGAGGAUAUAAACUUAAAAAUAACAAGAUUAGUAACGUGAAAAUAACAAGAUUAGUUUAAAUUUGUGAGUGUAUAUUUAGCAAGGAGAAUUUUGUCUUUUUAGAGAAGUACAAACUACAGCAAUCAACACAAAAGAUGCAUUCUUUUGAUUCAGAGCUAGAGACUGAAAGUUCUUCCAGAAAAAGACAUAACCAAAAGAGAAAUGAUGAUCAAUCAAGUGAGCCAUCUAUUGAGCGAGAAGCCAGAAAAAUUAAAUCAGCUGUGCGUUCAAGUAGAGACAGGCUGUCUUUAGACGUAAUUCAAGGCAACAGUACUUUGGAAGACAAUCCUGCUAAAAAAAGUAGAAAGAAGAAGAUAGAAAGUGACACAGAUAACCAGGAAAACGGUACCUUGGAACGAAGACGUCCCCAACGCAAGGCGAAAUCACCUCAAGAACGCCUUCCGCGAUCUGUUAGUGAAGAGGUGCUGGCUUUGGAGGGAAAGUUUUAUCCUGGUCCUAUGGGUUCUGACAACUCUCAAGAUGACUCUAGGACAAGACGAAUAAAAGCUCGCCAACGUAGAGAACGAUCAGAAACUGAUCCGAUGACAAUGAGUGUUGAUCGACCGCCAACUGGUAAACGUCCGCAUGGAACAAGAGAACAUAGAAAGAAGAAAAAACCAAGGAGUACUGUAUUUGCAUCUGGAGAUGAGAAUAAUUAUGAAGGUGAUGGAGAAGUUUCCGAAAUAUUUGAAGUGGAUAAAGAGGAUAUUAUUCAACCUUCUGAUGUAAACCAAAGUCUAACAAAACUACAUUCGGUGCAUUCGUUUGGUCACACUGCAGCUUCAUCUUUACCAAGUCAACCAACUGAUAUCUUGUUUAUAGAGAAAAAAGAUGGUCAGGGUUUUGUAAGGGAACAUAAAAGUCGAAUUAAGACGUCACGUGACAACACAGAUUAUGCUCUGCAACUACUUGAUGUGAAUAAAAAUUAUACGACUUUAGAUUUCGUUCUUAAAAUACAUCUGACGUUUCGAAGCUUGGCCAUGAUAGGUCACGGAUUGUUGGCUGGUCUUGCAGUAUCUCAGUGUGUUUUUGUGUAUGCUCUUAUUGGAAAAGGAAAUAAAAUUUUACUGGAAUAUUACUACAACUUGGCAAUCCCGUAUCAUUCAGUAUACUAUUUCUUAUUGGCGUUUUCGACAGUAUCCAUAUUAGACAGAUACGUCAAUGUUAGUUCUGGUUGGAGUCAGUUUUUUCUCAGUUUACUGACGAAACCCUCAAGAGCUCUUGCAGUGAUAGCAUAUUUAUUAGCGUUGGUAUUUUCAGUGAGUUUGGCACAGUUGGAUGACAGAAUCAGUUUGUAUAAAGAUUUGCCAAACUUGUGGAGCGAAAAAGACAUGGAGAAAUUAAAUACUUGGAAAGUGAUUAAUCUGUUGCGCGUCAUUGGUGCAGUGCUAGGAUGGAUCAUGGUUGCCAUGGCACCUGUGGAUGACCAAACUGCUGUUACCAUUCAAAGAUUUAUUGAUCGAGAAAACGCGGAAGGGAGUGUGCGUUACGAGAUGAACAGCUUGAAGUCGAAGUCAACGUCUAUACACACCUGGGAUAGAAUCAAUCCUUGAUGUCAUUUUUAAUAUACUUUUAUAAAUUUUAUUUAACCUGUAUUAUAUAUAUUUAUGUUCAUACUUUGUUUUUAAUUUUUUAAAUUGUGUUUUAUUUC